GGGACGGCGGCGCCGUCGCUCAGCCCACAUGGCCAAACAGCUCGGCCGCGAGCAACAGGGCAUCACUCUGCGGGGCAGCGCCGAGAUCGUUGCCGAGUUCUUCUCCUAUGGAAUCAACAGCAUCCUCUACCAGCGGGGCAUCUAUCCCCCCGAGACCUUCACCCGCGUCCAGAAGUACGGGCUCACUCUCCUCGUCACCACGGACCCUGAGCUGAAGAACUACCUCAACAACGUGGUGGAGCAGAUGAAAGAGUGGCUGUACAAGUGCAUUGUGCAGCGCCUAGUGGUGGUCAUCUCGAGCAUCGAAAACAACGAGGUUCUGGAGCGGUGGCAGUUUGACAUCGAGUGUGACAAAACUGCAAAGGAUGAGAGUGCACCACGAGAAAAAUCACAGAAAGCUAUUCAGGAUGAAAUUCGAUCUGUUAUCAGACAAAUAACUGCAACGGUAACUUUUCUGCCACUGUUGGAAACUACCUGUGCCUUUGACUUGCUGAUAUACACAGAUAAAGAUCUGGCAGUACCAGAAAAGUGGGAAGAGUCAGGACCACAGUUCAUAGCCAAUUCAGAAGAGGUUCGUCUUCGUUCCUUCACUACAACAAUCCAUAAAGUAAAUAGCAUGGUAUCUUACAAGAAGGAUUCCUUCCCCUAAGACAGGGGCUUUGUAUACAUCCUGUUAACCUUGUAUAGUUCCUGUUUAUAGUAAAGCCAAGUCAUCAAGGCAUCAUUAUGUUUCUCUCUCUUGGUAAAGCAGGUUACAGAAAAAAGGGACAGUUUGUCUCUGACAAUGUGGUGGAACACUAUACCACGCUGGCAUUGUUCAAGAGAUAUUCAUGAUAGUUCAGUUCUUCCUUGAAUUCUUCUAUGAGCUAAACUAAAGGUGUUCAACUACCAAAGUCACUAGAAAAACUGCCUAAAUCUAGAAUUAAGAUUUUUAUUCAGAUCUGGUAAUGUAGUAUUUUAGUAUUCUUAUAAACUGCCUUCUGUUAGUAGGCUGAAGUUUGUUCUGGCACUUAAAAAAAAUGUCACUUCUGCCAUGCCAGUUCAUGUUAAAAUUUAGCCUAGGCUGUUUUAUUACCAGAAACAAUCCUAUAAUGAACAGAACAAUUCUGAAGUUAAUUGUACCUCCUUCCUGGUAAGCAUCUGCUUUCAUUGCAUUAUUUUAAAUAGAUGAAGCUGUGUAUAUUGACUGCUGGACUCCAGUUCUGGGAAUAGUGUUAAGUCUGUGUGUGUCUCUAGUGU